CAAGCCAAAUGUAGUCAGACUGAUUUCAUAUUCGUGCAAUAUUAUUACUAUCUGUUUUAUUAGUAUCAGCCUAGGUGUCUUGAAGCGCGUAACUUGAUAAACCUGAUUGAAAAGGUUGAGCCGUAAUGUUCAGCCGAUUGUUGCAUUUUAACAGUCUGUGCUGAAUGCAUUGCUUAUCCUAAUACUUAUUGGCCAUGCUCUAAUAAUUAGAAUUGACUGAAUGACAUGUAUUGCAGAUUUGCACUGUAUUUUUGGCUUUACUUCUAUGGUACUGAACUUGCACUUUUACAAUUGCAGGAAUCAAGAUUGUGUUAACUUUGAUGUCGGAGUGAUAAAGAAAUUGAUCAAAGAACAAAAUUUGGUUUAGUAAUAUUAAUUCCCUGCGCCUACGCGUAGGGGAAUCUUCAAAGUUUGGUGUGGUUCCAAUAUUAUCCCUGUGAGGUUCUCGAACACUGAAUUCAAACUCCGACUUAGGCAUACACAUGGAGGACAGAGUUGAUGACAUUGGAACUGUAGUUGGGGUGGAGGACCAAGAUGAUCUUCCAAAAAAUUCAUUUAAAGUCUCUCCGGAGAUGGAGAAGUUUCUAUGUGACAGAUUGCUGGACCAAGACCAGCCGAUUUCAGAGCGUUUCAGAGCUCUUUUCUCUCUAAGGAACCUUCGGGGAUCAGGUCCACGGAAUGCCCUUAUCAAUGCAACAAGGGACCCCUCAAAUCUCUUGGCACAUGAGGCUGCAUUUGCAUUGGGUCAAAUGCAAGACGCUGAUGCCAUUCCUGCUCUAGAAAGAGUUCUAUUUGAUUUCUCCUUGCAUCCAAUUGUUCGGCAUGAGGCUGCAGAAGCACUUGGUGCAAUUGGUUUAGAAAAUAAUAUUUCACUUUUAGAAAGAAGUUUGGCUUCAGAUCCAGCUCAAGAGGUCCGAGAGACAUGUGAACUGGCUCUCAGUCGAAUCAAAGAGCUGAAGAAUGUAGGAAGUGAUGAUGGCUCCUCAACUACAGCGCCGUCACCCUUUCUGUCAGUGGACCCUGCUGCUCCUGCUUCUUAUACCUCUGUUGAGGACUUGAGGAAAGUUCUUUUGAGUGAAGAAAAGGGCAUGUAUGAACGCUAUGCUGCUCUUUUUGCACUAAGAAACAAUGGAGGAGAGGAAGCUAUUUCUGCUAUUAUUGAAUCUCUAGGUUCAAAGAGUGCUCUUCUAAAGCACGAGGUUGCUUACGUAUUGGGUCAAUUGCAGAACAAAAAGGCUUCAGAUGCCCUGUCCAGUACUCUUAAAGAUGUGAAUGAGCAUCCAAUGGUUAGACAUGAAGCAGCCGAAGCUCUUGGUUCUAUAGCAGAUGCCGAAUGUCUUGCACUUCUUGUGGAUUUUGCCAAGGAUCCCGAGCCUAUUGUCUCACAAAGUUGUGAAGUUGCUCUUAGCAUGCUUGAGUUUGAGAAAUCGGGCAAAUCUUUUGAGUUUCUCUUCAUGCAGAUACCGCAAGUCGAGCAGGUCUCGUAGGAAGAGCGUCUGGCUAUACUUAAAUGCUUGUCAUGUCGGCUGGUUUCAGAAGACAUUUCAGUCCCUUUAAUAUUGAUUCAGUUGUAACCGGUUUCAUUACUUGGAAUAUUUGGUUGGAUUACAUAACUAAGUUUAAUUAUAAGGACAUUUUUGGACUACUAAAGAUCAUGCUGUGAUACUAAAUAAACAUUAUAUCACUAAAGUUGAGCAACUUUGUGUACUCUUUUAUACGUGAACCAUGAAUCAAGUAAAAUGGAAGUAUAUCCAUUAAGCUGCUGAUUAGUUAUUUUUGCUGCUUCAAGUUA